AUGCCACUCACGACGUCGCUCCCGUUUGGCCUCGACGAGGUGGACGUUGUCAUAUGCGGAGGUGGUUUGGCCGCAUGUGUAGUCGCUGGACGUUUGGCAGAGGCCGACCGCGACCUUGUGAUCCUCAUGAUCGAAAGAGGUCCCAACAAUGCGGGCUUAGAUAUUGUCCAGCAUCCAGCACUAUUCAUCAUGAAUCUCUUGCCAGAUAGUAAGACGGCAUUGUCCUAUAAGUCAAAACAAUCGAAGCAGCUGGCCGAUCGAGAAGUUGUAGUACAGACUGGUGGAACGCUCGGUGGCGGCAGCAGUAUCAACAUCAUGCUGUGA